AUGGCCGAUAGAUUAAAUCAAGUUUCUCAAAUAGUCUCAUCUUCUACUACCGCUGCUUCAGAUACCGUUCCACCAUUCAGAGUCUGUGUCAUUGGUUCUGGUAAUUGGGGUACUACUAUAGCUAAAGUUGUCUCUGAAAAUACUACACUAAGACCUCAAUUGUUCCAUGAACAAGUCAAGAUGUGGGUAUUUGAAGAAAAGAUUAACGGAGAAAAUCUAACUCAUAUUAUAAAUACCAAGCACCAAAACGUUAAAUACUUACCAAAUAUAACUUUACCUGACAACUUGGUAGCUGACCCAGAUCUAAUAGAUACCGUUCAUGAUGCCGACAUUAUAAUUUUUAAUAUUCCUCAUCAGUUUUUACCAAGAUUAAUUACUCAAAUGAAGGGUCACAUAAAACCCAGAGCAAGAGCUAUUUCAUGUUUGAAAGGGUUCCAUAUUGAUAAAGUCAAGGGGGUUUGUUUAAUGAGCUCUUAUGUUACCGAUAAUUUACAUAUUGCAUGUGGUGCCUUAUCCGGUGCUAAUCUAGCUCCUGAGGUUGCAAAAGAAAAAUGGUCUGAAACCACCGUUGCUUAUCGUAUUCCAUCUGAUUUCCAAGGUGAAGGUAAAGAUGUAGACCACGCAGUACUAAAGGCUUUAUUCCAUAGACCUUACUUCCAUGUUAAUGUUGUCGAGGAUGUAGCUGGUGUUUCUGUUGCUGGUGCUUUAAAGAAUGUAGUUGCUCUUGGCUGCGGAUUUGUCAAAGGUUUAGGCUGGGGUGAUAAUGCUUCCUCUGCCAUUCAAAGAGUUGGGUUGGGUGAAAUUAUCAAGUUUGGUAAAUUAUAUUUCCCAGAUAGUGAGGUUGAAACUUACUACGGAGAGUCUGCUGGUGUUGCCGAUUUGAUCACAACCUGUGCUGGUGGAAGAAACGUCAGGGUGGCUUCUUAUAUGGCUAAGACUGGUAAGAGUGCUGAAGAGUCUGAAAAGGAGUUAUUAAACGGUCAAUCAGCUCAAGGUAUUAUUACUUGUAAAGAAGUUCAUGAAUGGUUAGAGCAUGAUGGUAAAAUAGAUGAAUUCCCAUUGUUUGAAGCUGUUUACCAAAUAGUCUACGGUGGUAAGAACAUGAGGGAUUUACCCAAAAUGAUUGAAGAUUUGGAGGGCAUUGAUCAAGAAUGA